GGAAAUUAAUGACAUUUAUAACAAAUUCAUUUUACUGAACAGUUGCAGCUACACGAAUUUUGACGCGUAGGUACUCUACCAAAGAUGGCUAUGCUGCGUCACACUUACAGCGGGGAGUUUCUCUCCGUAGAAAAUUCGAGCUUCAUCAACGAUUUUACAGUUCUGUAAUAGUAUUUUGAAAACAAAACUGGGGAUGAGCAGUUACUGGAGACUACUCUGCAUUUGCAGGAGGUCUGCUGCGAGCUUUUAAUUGAAGAAUUCGGUAAAUGCUGUCAAUUUUGGUGAGAGGGAACUGAAUUUGCAGCAGAGAGCAGAAACAGCUUUUGAGGUUUGCUGAAUAUACAUGAGCGUUAAGCAACGAAGGCAAAGAGGCUGUAACUACAAAAAGCGUGCAGAGUUAGCCGAGCUUGUGUACUUGGCAGUGGAUGAUUCCGGUGCAUUCUAUAAGAUAACUGCAAUGACAAUGUUUUCGUGGUUGUGGAUUGUUAUGCUUGCAGCUCUAUUUGUCUGUUGCCCUGUCAAAGGUGCAACUUCUGCUUCUAGUACAGAAGAAUCGGUAACAGACAAUGCAGACAAUCAGACCGAGUGGACAAUGCACUCUGAUUUAUCGCAAGUUGCACCCCAGUUUUUCAACGAAACAAGAAGAAAGCUUGGCAGUUUCCAAAUCUGUGCUCCCUGUACCUGUUGUGGAGGUCCAAAGCAUUUGUGUCUUCCCUCCCCUUGCUGCUACGCUAUCAACUGUAACAUACCCAAUAGGCCAUUUGGGUUCUGCUCGUUUACCCCAAAAGCUUGUAAUUGUUUCGGAUGCCAUUUCUGAGAGGCUUUAUGAUAUUGAAUAACUCUGCAUAUUCAUGUGAGCAGGCUCUUAAGAAGCUAGCCACAAAGAAUGUAUGCUUUUAGUCCUUGGUGAUUUAUUAUAGGGUUUAGGGUCAAGCUGAUUGUUAGGGUAUCAGUAUUUGUUUUUUAAAUUAGUUUGGCAUUAUUUGUAAUGAUCUAUUUAUAUAAGCUCCUGUGAGGAAAUCCUAUACUGGAGACAAGCUGGAUGACAGAAUGAAGAUAAGUAAGCUAUCUACAUAUCUGUUUUUGGAAUCCAUUAUCCUACUGUUAUAAACGUAAUUGUUGUUA